AUGGCUGCUAUGAGUACUACUUUUUGCUCAGACUGGGGGUCUCUUCAGCUUCUCAAUGACAACCCUAACCCUAAUAACCCAGAUUAUGAUCAACUGUUUAUCUUCCAGACCCAACAACAUGAGCUGGCAGCAGCAAGUAUAUUAGGUCUAGACUACAGUUUAGCUCUUGACGAUCCAAACCCACUACAUCUCUCCCAAACAUUUUUCAGUGACCCAGAAUUCCUCCCUGCUCUUGACGAUCUCGAAUACUAUUAUCAUGAUGAGAACCCAAAACGCCAGAAGACCCAACAACAAUUCCAUUCAGGCUUCAAUGGGUUUGUCCCGAAUCCAAGUAUGCUCCCAGAGUUUGUGCAGCCUCAGCUACCUUUGCCACCUCCUGAAAUUCAGAUUCAACAGCUUCCAUCAGCCCAAUUGUCUGCUAACUGUGCACUAAGCAAUAAGGAUGAAUGUACUGCGGCGAAAAUGAAGGCAAACAGUAAUGGAGGAGUGAGCUUGUCUCCACAAAGCAUUGCAGCCCGCGAGAGAAGGAGGAAGAUAACAGAGAAGACUGGUGAGCUUGGAAGGCUGGUUCCCAGUGGAAGCAAGAUGAAUACUGCUGAAAUGUUGCAAGCCGCUCAUAAGUACAUCAAAUUCUUGAAGGCACAAGUUUCAAUGCUCAAAUUUAUGGAUUCAGUGCAGGUGAAAAAAGGCCAAUGGUUGCAAAAUCCGGAAGGUCUUCAAGUUCUUGCAUCCCCAAUUGUUCAGGAGAAGUUGUACUCAGAAGAAAAGUGCUUGGUUUCAAGAGAUUUUGUUGAAACCCUAGCAAAUAAUCAAGACAUCCAAUCGAACCCAUUGCUCAAGGAUUACAUUGCUAAGUUGCUGUGA